AUGUCUCCCCCCAGCAGCGAGAAAGGAGGGAGCGUGGAUCGCAUCGAGGACAUCACUCGGGCCAACCCCAGCCCCGACGAUGUCGACCACGAUGAAGAGUACUCCUACGCGGAGCAGCGCAAGAUCAUCCACCGGAUCGAUCGCCGGCUGGUGACCAUCACGGGUCUGGCGUAUUGCAUUUCCUUGAUGGACCGCACGAAUUUGAGCAUGGCUGCUGUGGCGGGCAUGACUAAAGACCUGCAGUUGACUGUUGGGACACGCUAUUCGGUGAUCGUGCUCAUUUUCUUUGUUCCCUACGUGAUCUUCCAGCCGCCGAUGACGGUGGUGACCCGCAAGUUUGGGCCGACGAUCUUCUUGGGUAGUAUUGUUAUCUCUUGGGGGGCGAUUCUGGUGGGAAUGGGGUUCACGAAGAACUGGAAGCAGAUGGUCGCUUGUCGAUUCCUCUUGGGGAUUUUGGAGGCUGGCUACUUCCCCGGCUGUGUGUAUCUACUGUCCAGUUGGUACACGAGAUUCGACGUGCAAAAGCGCUUCUCGAUCUUCUACCUCAUCGGCUGCGUCGCGUCCGCGCUCGCCGGAAUCCUCGCUUUCGGGCUGAUGCAGAUGGAAGGGCUGCAGGGAAUCCGCGGCUGGCGUUGGAUCUUCAUCAUGGAAGGUGUUAUCACCGCGGUAAUCGGGGUCCUCACUCUGAUCUUCCUGGUCGACUUUCCCGACCGAGCCCACAAAUCCUGGCGCUUCCUGAGUGAGAAAGAAAGCUCGUUCAUUGUCCGGCGCAUCAACCGCGAUCGGUCGGAUGGUCACGAGGAGCCCUUCACGCUAAAGCGGUUCUUGUCUCCCGCUCUGGACCUCAAGAUCUGGGGGUUCGCUUUGAUUUUCUUCUGCACCACAACGGUUACCUACGCCAUUGCAUACUUCCUCCCCAUCAUCCUGCAGCAAGGCAUGGGCUUCAGCAUCGGCGCGGCGCAGUGCCUCGCCGCGCCGCCCUACGUCUUCGCCGGCAUCGUCAUGUUUGGAGGGGCCUGGGUGGGCGACAAAUACCGGGUGCGCGGGGCCAUCGUGGUCUUCAACGCGCUGCUCUGCAUCAUCGGCCUCCCGAUCAUGGGGUUCGCGCACGGCAACGCGGCCCGCUACGUCGGCGUCUUCUUCAGCGUCGCUGGCGCCAACUCGAACAUCCCCGCCGUGAUGGCGUACCAGGCCAACAAUGUGCGCGGCCAGUGGACGCGGGCGCUGUCGAGCGCCACCCUGGUGGGCUUCGGGGGCAUCGGCGGGAUCGUCAGCAGUUUGGUGUUUCGGUCGGAGGAUGCGCCGGGGUAUCGACCGGGCAUGUGGACUACGAUCGCGUGCAAUAUCUUGAUCCUGGUGAUUGUGGGGGCGCUGAGUUGGUGGUUCCGGAAGUCGAAUCGGGAGGCGGGGCGCGGGGAGAGGGUCAUUGAGGGGGCGGAGGACUUUAGGUAUACCCUUUGA